UACAGAUUUCAUUUUCUUUUUUGACUUCACUUCACUUCAGAGUUCAGACAGAAAAGCUAGAACCCUAAGAGAGAUUUUUGAAGGUGACGACGAAUAUAGAAUGUGAGAAGCCGUAGAUGGAAAAUAACACAGAUUGCAAAGGCUACAGUACAGGAAAUAGCUUUUUCUAGGAUUUUAGCCUUAGGUUUAGUACAGAUCGAACUCAAAAAGACCCGUCCACUUCUCUCCCAAAAUGAGACCAUUCUUAGUAUCUAAACGAAAAUCAAUCAUCAAUCUGAUCAGACAGCAAUCCAGAUUACUCUCCACCAUUAGGUCAACAUCUUCCAACACCAAUCCACCACCAUCAACAGAGAUUUUCAAUUUCAAUAUAAGUUCUUCAAAUCUCAUUACCAGAAACCCUAAAUUCUCUACACCCAUUUCCUUGAGGUCCAUUCAUGCUCAGGCCAUUGCUUCUGCUGAUGAUGAGAAUGAUUUGAGAGUUGAUUCAGAAGAUGAUAAUGCGAUGACAGAAUUCUUAUCAAGAUUUGUAUGGAUCAUGAGAGCUAAAUUAACUGAAGCUUAUCCAGAUUCAGAUAAGAGAGUGAUCAAUGAUAUGUUAUUACUUAUUGUUGAGAAAGUUGUUUCAGAAUUAGAGAUCGGAGGACUUGGUUCUAUGAUUGUUGCUGCGGAAAGUGACAUGUCUGAGGAUUUCAGUGCAGAUUUAUGGAAGACAGUAUGGGAAGUGAGCAACUCAGUGUUGGGAGAUAUGCAGAAUGAAAAGAAGAAAGAUGAAAUGAAGAGAUUUCUUCAGUGUGAAGAGGUUAGAGAUAUGACCAGAUUUGCUAGUGAGAUUGGUGUUAGAGGUGAUAUGCUUAGAGAGAUGAGAUUCAAAUGGGCGAAAGAGAAGAUGGAAGAGUCUGAAUUUUAUCAGAAUUUUGAAAUUGAAGAUGAAAAUGUUGCUGGAGAAGUAGCUGUUGAAGAAGGUGUGGAUGUCGUCGGGGAUGGUGAUGACAAUGUAGAUGGGGCGGCAGCCGGAGAGAUUAAACCAAAUGUUGUAUCCAUUCCGCAGCGGAAAGGGAAGAUUAAGUAUAAGAUUUACGGGCUUGAUAUGUCGGAUACAAAGUGGGCUGAAGCUGCUGAUAAAUAUCAUGAAGCUGAGAAGCUUAUGUUUGAUGAAGAACCUAAGAAAAUUACUGGGAAAUGCAAGCUUAUUAAUGAGAAGAUUCUGUCUUUGAAUGUUGAAGAUGAUCCGUCUGCACUUCUGGCGGAAUGGAUAGAGCUUCUACAGCCUAGAAGGGUUGAUUGGCUUACAUUGCUUGAAAAGCUGAAAGAACGGAAUUUGGGUUUAUAUCUCAAGAUGGCUGAACUAAUCCUGAAUGAGGAGUCCUUUCAAGCAAACAUUCGUGAUUAUUCAAAACUAAUAGACACACAUUAUAAGGACAACCGACUAGAAGAUGCUGAGAGAGUUCUAAAGAAGAUGACUGAUAAGGGUAUUGAACCUGACAUCCUGACAUCCAUCAUCUUGGUUCACAUGUACAGCAAGAUAAAUAAUCUCGAACGUGCCCAAGAAGCAUUUGAUAGCUUAAAGAUUCAAGGUUUUCAACCUGAUACAAAGGUUUACAACUCUCUAGUAAUGGGUUAUAUAAAAGCUAGGCAAGCCGAUGUAGCUGAGAAUCUGAUAAAAGAUAUGGAGACAAGGGACAUCAAACCUACCCGGGAUAUGUUAAUUGCAUUACUGAGAUCAUUCUCAGAGCGUGGCGAGGCUGUUAGGGCCCAAAGUACUUCUACUUGUAUGAUUUUGGCAGGUUACCAGCCAGAUUUGGAGUAUUACACAUCACUUGUGGGUGCUUAUGGACCAUCUGAUCCCGAACAUGCCAGGGAGAUAUUUAAUAAAAUGAGAAAAGCAGGGAUUAAACCAGAUGACAAGUGUACUGCAAAUAUGAUGGCUGGGUACGAGAAGAAGAAUUGCUUAGAUAAGGCCUUGAAUCUACUAUUGGAACUCGAGAAAGAUGGGUUUGAGCCUGGUUUCGAGACAUACUCUGUCUUGGUUGAUUGGUUGGCUCAUUUACAGCUAGUUGAUGAAUGUGAGGAGCUACUGAGGAAAAUAACCGAGAAAGGAGACGUUCCUCCAUUGAAGGUUCAUGUCAGCCUCUGCGCCAUGUACUCGAAAGAGGGAGAUAAAAAGAAAGCUCUACAAGCACUUGGAGUUGUGGAGGAUAAGAAGGACCUUUUGGGAGCUGAUGAGUUUGAGAGGAUCAUAGAUGGGCUGAUAGCUGGUGGGCUAACAUCAGAUGCUGAGAGGAUACUCAAAGUAAUGGAGGCACAGGGUUUUCCUGCAUCACAACGUCUUAAAGUGUCAUUGAUGGGAUCAGCCUUCCUCCCCCGGAGAUCAAAGCCGAAAUUAAACUUCUAGGUCAUUGAGAGUAUUCUUUUAGGAAUGUUUUUUUUUGGUAGCAAUGAAACACAAUGCACGCAUAAAGCAGAAAUAUAUCAUUUAUGUCUAGGUUUCUGCUAACAGUAAUCUUUUUCAUUGUAAAUUAGCAGUCCCUGUGGACUAAAAACUGCUGACAUUGAGCUGUCAGGAACCCAUUUUUUUCUUCCUUUUGUCCGUCACUCUCUUCUUUUUUUCCAUCUCUUUCUUGUGGAAGACGAUUGCAA